AUGGCCCAUUCCCUGUUGCUUCGCUGGAUCGUGCUACAGCUGUAUAUAGCACACGGUGUAUCUACGAUAGUGAGAGCGAAGGUGGGGCAGUCUGUCAGGCUACCCUGCACCUACAGCGUUAGAGAAACGCAUGACCUCAAUGUCAUGUGCUGGGGCCGGGGGAUCUGUCCGUCAUCUAAAUGCAGCAGUGAAAUUGUUCGCACUGAUGGGCAGAAGGUGAUAUCUAAACAGUCUGGCAGAUACCAACUCCAGGGUCCUAUCACCAAAGGGGAUGUGUCUCUGACUAUAAGAAAUGUGGACCCCGAAGACAGAGGAGCAUACUGCUGUCGCAUAGAGAUCCCUGGAUGGUUCAAUGAUAUCAAACGAAACCUGAAUUUGCAGGUUUACAGAGCACGCACUACUCCCGCAAAGACAACCACAACUGCCCUCCCAACAUCCACUACUCUGCCCCUGAUAACCACUAUUGCACUCCCAACACCCACUGCUCCCCCAACGACAACCACAACUGCCCUCCCAACAACCUUUCCUUCCCUGAGAACCAUUUUUCAGACAGCUUCUGCGUGCACUGAAGAUGAUUAUUUCAUUUUUUUCACAACAGAACAUGUUCUCCCUACUGCAGAAUCACCAACUACAGUUCUGAUCUCCGAGAGGACUGAAAAUGUCGAUCCUGCUUUCAUUACAGAAGGUGUUCUCAGUACAGUGACUGCAGUUGCCGCUGUCCAAACAUCUACUGUGAGGCCUGAUCAUGUUCACACAUCCACAGACAAUCCAUUUGCUACAGGGACAGUUCCCCCAGUUACGGUCCAGACAGUCCCUGAGGCGAGUGAAGUGAAUGCUAUUUCUGACGCUACAUUUCCCUUGACAUCUGCGGGAGACUCGGUGAAAGAGGAACUCAGUGAAGAGACUUCAAAAGAUUCAAAACUCCAGUCAGAGGAAAGUGUAGAUAAUCCAGCACAGCACCUACAAAAUGAAAUUCCAACAGUAAUCAUCAGUGUGGUAGUGACGGUCAUUCUUCUCUUCACAUUCUUGCUGGUAGUGUUAUUGACAUAUAAACGCUCGAGGAAGUAUCAACUGCAUAUGAUAAAAAGCUCAGACUUAUCUGGAGAACAAAUUCCCAAUGGAGUAGAAGAAGAGAAUACCCUUUUGACACUGCAGCAGAUACCUGACGGCCAUUCAGUAUCACAGGGAACAUGUCACGAUCCUGUGGAAUCCAGCAUCUAA